AUGGACACUGGCUGCCUGUCAUCUAUGAACAUCACUGGAGCUAGCCAAGCAAGACCUUUUGCGGGACAACUUCCUCAGAGAUGUUUUGCGAGUACUCACCAUUCGAGCUUUGCUGUGAAAAAUCUUGUCUUAAGGAAUAAAGGAAGGAGAUCACACCGUAGACAUGCUGCCUUGCAGGUUGUCUGCAAGGAUUUUCCAAGACCUCCACUAGAAAGCACAAUAAACUAUUUGGAAGCUGGGCAGCUCUCUUCGUUUUUUAGAAACAGCGAACGCCCCAGUAAACCGUUGCAGGUCGUGAUUGCUGGUGCAGGAUUGGCUGGUCUAUCAACGGCGAAGUAUCUGGCAGAUGCUGGCCAUAAACCCAUAUUGCUUGAGGCAAGAGAUGUUUUGGGAGGAAAGGUAGCUGCUUGGAAGGAUGAAGAUGGGGAUUGGUACGAGACUGGGCUUCAUAUCUUUUUUGGAGCUUAUCCCAACAUACAGAAUCUGUUUGGUGAGCUUGGAAUUGAGGAUCGUUUGCAGUGGAAAGAACACUCCAUGAUAUUUGCCAUGCCAAACAAGCCAGGAGAAUUCAGCCGGUUUGAUUUCCCAGAAACUUUACCAGCACCUUUAAACGGGAUAUGGGCCAUACUGAGAAACAAUGAAAUGCUUACCUGGCCGGAGAAGGUGAAGUUUGCAAUUGGACUUCUGCCAGCAAUGGUGGGUGGUCAACCUUAUGUUGAAGCUCAAGAUGGCUUAACCAUUUCAAAAUGGAUGAAAAAGCAGGGUGUUCCUGAUCGGGUGAACGAUGAGGUUUUUAUUGCAAUGUCCAAGGCACUCAAUUUCAUAAAUCCUGAUGAGUUAUCCAUGCAGUGCAUUUUGAUUGCUUUGAACAGAUUUCUUCAGGAGAAGCAUGGUUCCAAAAUGGCAUUCUUGGAUGGUAGUCCACCUGAAAGGCUAUGCAUGCCUAUUGUUGAUCACAUUCGGUCUAGGGGUGGAGAGGUCCGCUUGAAUUCUCGUAUUAAGAAGAUAGAGCUGAAUCCUGAUGGAACUGUAAAACACUUUGCACUUAGCGAUGGAACUCAAAUAACUGGAGAUGCUUAUGUUUGUGCAACACCAGUUGAUAUCUUCAAGCUUCUUGUACCUCAAGAGUGGAGUGAAAUUACUUACUUCAAGAAGCUGGAGAAGUUGGUGGGAGUUCCUGUUAUCAAUGUUCAUAUAUGGUUUGACAGAAAACUGAAAAACUCAUAUGACCAUCUUCUUUUCAGCAGGAGUUCACUUUUAAGUGUCUAUGCAGACAUGUCAGUAACCUGCAAGGAAUACUAUGAUCCAAACCGUUCAAUGCUGGAGUUGGUCUUUGCUCCUGCAGACGAAUGGAUUGGUCGAAGUGACACUGAAAUCAUCGAGGCAACUAUGGAAGAGCUAGCCAAGUUAUUUCCUGAUGAAAUUGCUGCCGAUCAGAGUAAAGCAAAGAUUCUUAAGUAUCAUGUUGUGAAGACACCGAGAUCGGUUUACAAAACUGUCCCAAACUGUGAACCUUGCCGACCUCUCCAAAGGUCACCGAUAGAAGGCUUCUAUCUGGCCGGUGAUUACACAAAGCAGAAAUACUUGGCUUCCAUGGAAGGUGCAGUUUUAUCUGGGAAGCUUUGCGCCCAGUCUAUAGUGCAGGAUUAUAGCAGGCUCGCUCUCAGGAGCCAGAAAAGCCUACAAUCCGAAGAAGUUCCUGUCCCAUCUUAG